CAGGCAGACAUUGAAGAGGACGGAAGCGAGGUCGAGAACAAGCUUUGUACCCUGGCCUUCUAUAUCAGAAAUGGCGGACGGCUCUUCCUCUUCUUACAGAAACAUUCUAACUAAACACUGCGAAACGCAGAGAAGAGACAAAAAUACGAAAGCUAAAAAGAAGAGAAAGAAAUCAAAGAAGCCUGUCGUGGAAAUCAGCUCAAGAAAAGAUCGGAGAAUUAUAACUGAAUAUCACACCUUGAACAAGACAAUUGACUCGGUAAGAAAGAAUCCAUCGAUUCACAAAGAAGACAAGGCGGCCCAAAUUGCGCUUCUUGAGGCGAAAAAGGAAAAAAUUGGGGGUAUAAAUGCUUAUCAAAAGGCAUCCAAACUUGGAGAAGCUCGCCAUGGAAGUUUCAACACGGCAAAAUGGGUUCUAAAACAGUUGAGAGCCCACAAUGUCUGUGCUAACAGGACAGAAGGUGAAAAACUAAGGGUACUUGACGUUGGUGCUCUUGACGACAAUUACAAGAAGCAUUCAAAAUGGAUACAAUGCACACCUAUUGACUUAAAUCCUCAAAGCAAUGACGUCGUAAAGGCAGACUUUUUAAAACUUGAUCACAAGGAAUACGAUGUUGUGAUUUUAAGCUUGGUUGUCAACUUUGAGGGGGACAUUCGUAAACGAGGUGACAUGCUCCGGAAAUGUCCAAAACUCAUAGUUGAUCAAGGAUACCUGGUUAUAGUUCUCCCUCUUCCGUGUUUAGACAAUUCACGCUACUUAAAUGAAGAGCUUUUUCUAUCGAUGAUGGAAAGUCUUGGGUUUGAAGUCUUUACUCGUCGUAGCAGCAAAAAAUUGAGUUUCUUCAUGUUUAGAAGAACUCGUCAGGUACAAGUCAAAUCGUUCCCUAAGAAGAUUUUAAGGAAAGGUGGGAACCACAACAACUUUGCAAUUGUGCUCUGACUUUAGUAUCUUCUUGCACUUGGUGUGCUGAUAAUCUACCCCUAAGCCAAAUGUAGUAAAUCUAUGUGUCAGGGGGAUCCAAGAAAUCCAGAAACAAGGAGCUCAGGGGCGGAUACGGGAUUUUUCAAGGGGAUGUGGCUGGUACCUUAGGGUUACAGAAUCACAGAAGCAAUGGGGCAUGCCCCCAAAAUGUUGCAAUUUGAGAACUGGAACCAAAUUGAAACUGUUACACCAGAAAUACUAGCAAUGCCAGAACUAUUUUAGCAUUAAAUACUUGUAAUUACAAUGAGGCACCUGUCCAAAGUGUUUGCCUUUUAGAUCUGCAAUAAUUUUCCCAAAUUUUUUCAAUUUUUAUUUUAUUUUUUGGCUUCUCAAAAAAAGGGGAGGGUUAGCCACCCAAUCCACUCCCUCUCCCUAAAUCUGCCAGUGAGGCUGUAUCAGUUGUCAGUUGUAGCAAGAGUGCCGCUUCACACCUUACGAGAAAGGAAUGGAAUGAUAUUCCUUUAUCUAUGGGGGUUAAGUCAACUAGAAAAUUAUUUAAACAGGCACUUUACCAGUUUGUUCAGUGUUAAUAAGUGCCAGCUCAACUAUUUAUUUACUAUGUGUUUACGCUUUCCUCUCUUAUAUUAAGUUUUUUUUUUUAUCCUAAAACAAAUGUAUUCAAUUAACGGGCAUAUAAUUAGUUCACUACAUCUUGCCCUUUCCACUUUCCUUUCACUGCAUUUUAUUUUAACAUUGCUGUAUUCAAAUCAUCAAGUAGAGAAGUAAAAAAAAAAA